AGGAGGUCCGCCGACAUGCCUGAGGCCAAAUCAGCAGCUAAAAAGGCCCCCAAAGGCAAAGAUGAGGCCAGCCCCCCUAAAGAGGUUCCUGCAGAACCCCCCAAAGAAGCCCCACCCCCACCUGAGGACCAGUCCCCCACUGCUGAGGAGCCCACCGGCAUUUUCCUGAAAAAGCCGGACUCUGUAGCAGUGGAAGCUGGAAAGGACACUGUGAUUGUGGCCAAGGUGAAUGGGAAGGAGCUCCCUGGCAAGCCGACCAUCAAGUGGUUCAAGGGCAAGUGGCAGGAGCUGGGCAGCAAGAGCGGGGCACGAUUUUCCUUCAAGGAGUCCCACGACUCUGCCAGCAAUGUGUACACCGUGGAACUGCACAUUGGAAAGGUGGUACUGGGGGACCGUGGGGAUUACCGCCUGGAGGUCAAAGCCAAGGACGCCUGUGACAGCUGUGGCUUCAGCAUCGAUGUGGAGGCUCCCCGUCAGGAUGCCUCUGGACAGAGCCUCGAAAGCUUCAAGCGCUCGGGCGAAGGGAAGUCAGAGGAUGCAGGCGAGCUGGAUUUUAGUGGCCUGUUGAAAAAGAGGGAGGUGGUGGAGGAGGAGAAGAAGAAGAAAAAGAAAGAUGACGAUGAUUUGGGCAUCCCACCAGAGAUCUGGGAACUCUUGAAAGGGGCAAAGAAGAGCGAGUACGAGAAAAUCGCCUUCCAGUAUGGCAUCACUGACCUCCGGGGCAUGCUGAAGAGGCUCAAGAAGGCCAAGGUUGAGGUCAAGAAGAGUGCAGCCUUCACGAAGAAGCUGGACCCGGCCUACCAGGUGGACAGGGGUAACAAGAUCAAGUUGGUGGUAGAGAUCAGUGAUCCAGACCUUCCACUUAAGUGGUUCAAGAAUGGCCAGGAGAUAAAGCCAAGCAGCAAGUAUGUGUUUGAGAACGUGGGCAAGAAGCGGAUUCUCACCAUCAACAAGUGCACGCUGGCCGAUGACGCGGCGUACGAGGUGGCCGUCAAGGACGAGAAGUGCUUCACCGAGCUCUUUGUCAAAGAGCCUCCAGUCCUGAUCGUCACACCCCUGGAGGACCAGCAAGUGUUUGUGGGUGACCGCGUGGAAAUGGUGGUAGAGGUGUCGGAAGAAGGUGCCCAGGUCAUGUGGAUGAAAGAUGGCGUGGAACUGACACGGGAGGACUCCUUCAAGGCCCGGUACCGCUUCAAGAAGGAUGGCAAGCGCCACAUUCUCAUCUACUCCGAUGUGAGUCAGGAUGACAGGGGCCGCUACCAGGUCAUAACCAACGGUGGCCAGUGCGAGGCCGACCUCAUCGUGGAAGAGAAACAGCUUGAGGUCCUGCAAGGCAUUGCCGACCUCACUGUGAAGGCCUCGGAACAGGCGGUGUUCAAGUGUGAGGUGUCUGAUGAGAAGGUGACAGGAAAGUGGUACAAAAAUGGGGUGGAGGUGCGGCCGAGCAAAAGGAUCACCAUCUCCCACGUGGGCAGGUUCCACAAGCUGGUCAUUGAUGACGUUCGCCCUGAGGAUGAGGGGGAUUACACCUUCGUGCCUGAUGGCUAUGCCCUGUCCCUGUCGGCCAAGCUCAACUUCCUGGAGAUCAAGGUGGAGUACGUGCCCAAGCAAGAACCCCCGAAGAUCCACCUGGACUGUUCAGGGACGACCUCAGAGAACUCGAUUAUCGUUGUGGCUGGGAACAAGCUGCGGCUGGACGUGUCCAUCACAGGGGAGCCCCCUCCCGUUGCCACCUGGCUGAAGGGAGAUGAGGUGUUCUCGGCCACUGAGGGCAGGAUCCGCAUCGAGCAGCGGCCAGACUACAGCAGCUUUGUGAUCGAGAGCGCCGAGCGGGUGGAUGAGGGCCGCUACACCAUCAAGGUCACCAACCCCGUGGGCGAGGACAUGGCCUCCAUCUUCCUGCGGGUCGUGGAUGUCCCUGACCCUCCAGAGGCAGUGCGUGUCACCUCAGUUGGUGAGGAUUGGGCCAUCCUGGUCUGGGAGGCACCUAAAUAUGAUGGGGGUCAGCCAGUCACUGGGUACCUCUUGGAGCGGAAGAAGAAGGGCUCCCAGCGCUGGAUGAAGCUCAACUUUGAGGUCUUCACGGAGACAACCUACGAGUCCACCAAGAUGAUCGAGGGCAUUCUAUAUGAGAUGCGGGUGUUUGCUGUCAAUGCCAUUGGGGUCUCCCAGCCCAGCAUGAACACCAAGCCCUUCAUGCCAAUUGCACCCACGAGUGAACCCCUGCACCUGACAGUGGAGGACGUGACAGACACCACCACCACACUCAAGUGGAGGCCUCCAAAUCGAAUCGGGGCAGGCGGCAUAGAUGGAUACCUGGUGGAGUACUGCCUGGAAGGCUCGGAGGAAUGGAUCCCUGCUAACAAGGAGCCCGUGGAGCGAUGUGGCUUCACCAUAAAGGAUCUCCCAACUGGAGCCAGAAUCUUUUUCCGGGUAGUUGGGGUGAACAUCGCAGGUCGCAGCCUGCCGGCCACCCUGAUCCAGCCAGUCACCAUCAGGGAGAUUGUAGAGCAGCCCAAGAUCCGCCUCCCCCGCCACCUGCGCCAGACCUACAUCCGGAAAGUGGGAGAACAUCUCAACCUUGUCAUCCCCUUCCAGGGCAAGCCCCGGCCGCAGGUGGUGUGGACCAAGGGCGGGGCCCCCGUGGACACGUCGCGCGUGCACGUGCGCACCAGCGACUUCGACACCGUGUUCUUCGUGCGCCAGGCUGCGCGCUCCGACUCGGGGGAGUACGAGCUGAGCGUGCUCAUCGAGAACAUGAAGGACACGGCCAUCGUCCGCAUCCGCGUCGUGGAAAAGGCAGGGCCCCCCCAGAACGUGAUGGUGAAGGAGGUGUGGGGCACUAAUGCCCUGGUGGAGUGGCAGCCCCCCAAGGACGACGGUAACAGUGAGAUCACGGGGUACUUCGUCCAGAAAGCGGACAAGAAGACCAUGGAGUGGUUCACCGUAUAUGAACACAACCGACACACCAGCUGCACCAUCUCUGACCUCAUUGUGGGCAAUGAGUACUACUUCCGUGUUUUCAGCGAAAACUUCUGUGGGCUCAGUGACUCCCCUGGGGUCUCCAAGAACACCGCCCACAUCCUCAAGACAGGAAUCACCUUGAAACCAUUUGAGUACAAGGAGCAUGACUUCCGGACGCCUCCCAAGUUCCUGACGCCCCUGAUAGACCGGGUAGUGGUGGCUGGAUACACUGCAGCCCUCAACUGUGCCGUCAGAGGCUACCCCAAGCCCAAGGUGGUGUGGAUGAAGAACAAGAUGGAAAUCCGUGAGGACCCUAAAUUUCUGAUUACCAACUACCAGGGCAUCCUAACUCUGAACAUCCGCCGGCCCUCGCCCUUUGAUGCGGGGACUUACUCCUGUCGGGCUGUUAACGAGCUGGGGGAGGCACUGGCUGAGUGCAAGCUGGAUGUCCGAGUGCCACAGUGACACUGUCUCCCAUGUGACAAGGCAAUCCUGGACUGCUUUGGAUGGUGUUCUCCUUCUUAGAGUUCAACAAAAUGGUUUUGCUCAGA